UGUCAUCCUCGAAGACGUUGCACGACACACGAAGAUUCGUCCUGGCUGCCAACGUUCGGUUACGACGCUCCGUCUUCGGUUAUAACGACUGUGUUAUGUGAUCCUGGUCACGUGGUGUGCGAAACAUAACCGCCCUCUCUCUUUCCGUCUCCUCCCCCCUCCGUGCUGUUACGAAGGAUAUCGUUCAGGAGGAAUGGACGGAGGUAGUAAACACUCGUACGACAGCUGUAGCCUCGUCUAGUCCGAACGAAGUGAAUGAUCGCAACUGAUGAGACUGUCGCGCGAUCGACCACCAAAGAAUAGUUGAUAUCGCGGAGGGAGAGGAUGCUUCGGGAACCACGUCGUGACAGUGCUCGCCUAGGUUAUGUUGUGCUGUCAAAGUGUCGUUGGUAGUUCCACGGGAGGAGACUCAUCGUAUUCCCCGCUACUGUAAAGAGCACUACGAUGGGCGACCAUAUCGGCGAUAACAUAUUAAUUCCACAGGUCGAUAAUGUCGUGUUAACUGACAAGAGUAAUGGCAGUAACAAGAACCUGGAUGGGACACUGUGCAUCAGUGGUCACCAUCUUAUUUUGUCCUCCAGACAAAACGACGGCCAGGAGCUUUGGCUGAUGAACCGAAACAUCGACGUUGUGGAGAAGAAGUUGAACACUCAGAGCCCCGGUGGUAGCAUAAUAUUGAAGUGCAAGGACUUUCAGAUCCUUCAAUUAGACAUUAGUUCCACCAAUGACUUAACCAACGCCGUAUUAUCUAUAGAGAAGCUGAUAUCGCUCGACCAAACUCUGCAAUAUCCGUUCUUCUAUCGACCAGGCAACAACGCUAUGGUACAAAUAGAGGAUGGAUGGACGGCGUUUGCGCCUGUCUCGGAGUGGUCCAUAUUAUUGGCGACACACGCGGACGAGUGGCGCAUCAGUUAUUUAAACAGAGAUUACAAAGUUUGCAACUCGUACCCGUCGGCGGUCAUAGUGCCGCGCCAGAUAGACGACAAAGUUAUAAUAGCCUCCGCUAGCUUCAGAGACGGCGGCAGGUUUCCCGUUUUGUGCUACAGAUACGAGGGCGGGAGCAUAUUGCUGAGGAGCAGCCAGCCGCUGUUCGGUGCCACUGGCAAAAGAUGCAAGGAGGACGAGAGACUGUUGAACGCGGUUCUAGGUCCCGGAAGACGAGGAUACAUCGUGGACACCAGAUCGGUGAAUCAGGCGAUAAGCGCCAAGGCCCGAGGUGGAGGCACGGAAAUGGACACGGCUUACCCGCAGUGGCGCAAAGUACACAAGCCGGUGCUGCGGCCGCACGACUUGGCGGACAGUUUCUUCAAGCUGAUAGAGGCUUGCAACGACGUCAACAGCUCCACCUCGCAGUGGCUGUCUAGGCUGGACAGUAGCGGCUGGCUGUCCGCCGUGCAAAGCGCUUUAGAUGCCGCCUGCGUCACCGCGCAAUGCUUGCAUCAAGAAGUCGCGGCUGUGUUGGUGCACGGCGGCGCGGGCAGAGAUUCUACAUUGGUGGUGACCAGUUUGGCCCAGGCGAUACUGAAUCCCGAUUGCCGGACUGUACGGGGCCUUCAGGCGCUUAUAGAGCGCGAGUGGUUGCAAGCGGGCCAUCAGUUUUUCAGCCGAACCCGUUCCGGGGCGUAUCAGCCGUCGCACUCGCAGAAUCCGACGCACGCUCCGACUUUCCUCCUCUUCCUCGACUGCCUGUACCAGCUGCAUCAUCAAUUCCAAUUCAGUUUCGAGUACACGCUGGAUCUGCUCAUCGAGUUGCACAAGCACGCCUAUUCCUCCAACUACGGUACUUUCUUAGGCGAUUCGGAAGCGGAGAGGAUCAAACUACGGCUGUCUGAGCGGACUUACAGUCUCUGGUCGUACAUGAAUCAGCCGGACGUCCUGGAGCAGUGGAUAAAUCCCUUGUACGAGCCAAAUCCGGGGGUGAUCUGGCCGAGCGUCGCGCCCAUCAGUAUACAACUCUGCCGAGAGCUCUAUCUUGCGCAUACGAGCGCCUCUCCGUGGAACGGCCUGCUCGCCUACGCGAAGCAGAUCAAGCAGAAUCACACGGCGGUGCGCAAAGUGGCCGGACAGCUGCAGGCUCAGAUCAAGCAAGCCUUGGAGGAGAUCCGAUCGGACAUGUCGCAGAACCCGGACGCUCAGAAGGAGGAGGAGGAGCAGCAAGAAGAGGAGGAGGAGGACUAUCUGUGCGUAGCCCAACUGAGCAUGGGCUCGCAGAGCACUUGAUACAGACUGUAGGAAUAUUAUUGUGUGCGAACUGAAGGAGAAUUCGAGUCCACGCUACCCGCGCGCACUCUAAAGGAUCGGCGGCCGCCGAAUUUUCACCUGCCAUGAAGCACGCGCGUUACAAUAAUUUCGAUAUCUCCGUGAUUAAGGCGUCUUCUGUAGUCACGGUGCGGAUUAUUCCAAUUGAUAUAAAUUUGAAUAUCGCGUACAUAUCGAGAUACUUAGUCAAGCUACAUCACACGAACCUUUGCCUAAAUAGUAAAACUCGCAUUACCGUCACGUUCCGUGCAAACGAUUCAGAUGAGGUAUGAAUUGUGAUAUUUUUUAUUUCACGAUCAAUACGACUUGUAUUAUACAUUCAACACAAAUAGUCAGCAAUGUCUUACACAACGCGUAUAUUUAUAUAUAUAUAUAUUAUACAUACAUAUAAAUAUACAUGUAACUAUAUAUAUAUGUAACUUAUUUAUCCAAGUAAAAAGUAAAGUAAUAUAAGCAAACACAAAAACGAACUGUAUAUUAUAGUUAUUUAUUUUAUAAGAAGCGUGUGUGUACACAAUAAUGAUAGAACCGGCAGGAUUUUUCACUCCGGCAUACGGAGAAGGAAAUUCUCGCUCGUUCGGGGGUACGGACGAGUUUUUACCGUUAUUCGGGAAGGAUGGCGGGCGGUCGGAGGAGGGGGAAGAGGUUAAGGGCGGGAUUGUUGAAGCAAAAGGGGGAGGGGAAACGCGGCAGGUGUUCAUACACAAAGAAACUGAAAGGGAAUCCCACGGCCAUUGGGAUCUGAGGAAUGCACGGGGGUUUCAUCAGCGUAUUCGCGUCUCGAAUAUACAUACAUGUGUAAACCCGCAUUGUCUUAACAUACAUAAUUAUAAAAGCGCGACAAAUCUUGCAUGUGUGUACGCACCUCGUGCGUCAGCGUUAUCGAGUACAAAGGGGGUAAGGGACGAAGCGUAACGCGCGAAUUUGCGCGCUUCGAAAGAGGGGGGAAAGAGAGAAGAAGAGGGAAGUUUCCAGCGACAAAGCGAUCAUUUAAAUUUCCAUUAUGGGCGCGACAAAAUACUCGUCAUACGCGUACAUUCAGCGCUAAUUUUGAACUCUGUCUCAGCUGCACUUUUCCGCUCUUUCUUCUUUCUUUGCGCGCGAUAGAGAUCAAGUGUAGAAAGUGCAAUCGGUCGCGACGCCAUUUGAGCAUUGUGUCGGCCGCGCGCGCACGUUGAUCAUUAUAUACCGGUUUCGAAUCCGUGAGGAGGAUCCGAGAAAUCGCGACCUCGCCUGCGACCGGUAACUAUCUCGCUUCGGAGCGUUUAUCUCUCUUCGCAGUCUUCUCUCCGUCCCUCUCGUUUACCUCGCACGUAUCACUUUUCCCAGAAGAAGCCUCCGGAGGAGAGAAGAAGAUGAAGAGAAGGAGAAACAACAGGUGCUGCCGCCGUUAUGCCUGUGUCUCCGCGCGCACAGUCUUUCCUCUUUCUUUUCUCUCGCCUAUAUCGGUCCAGUAUCCUUGGAUGAGUGUGGAUCUAGUCACGCGUAUAAACGUGAAACGUGGACUGAAUUCAAACCCAUCCAGGGCCGCUGGACGGGGGCGAUCGGUCGUCUCCAUCUGGCCGAGGUCACAUUGAAUCCCGACGGAGAUGUCGUCUCGGUC